CUCAGAGCAGCCGAGGGAAGCGCCGCGCCGACCGCGAAGCCCCCACGCCGGGAAGCCGAGGGGGCCGGGGCCGCGCAGGAAGCUUGGAGCGGAGCCUGGGGAACGGCCCAGGAUCUCUGGAUGCUGGAACCAGGCCUGGCUGGGUGAGCCACGGCCGCUGUCCCUCGCGGGAGACCUGAAUGUAAGAAUGCAGACCUCCUUUGACCCGGGUCCUUCCUUGCAGGGCUGCCCACCUGGCUGCCUUGGCACCUCUGCAGAGACGGCCGCCCGGCCAGCCCAGCCCCCACCUCUUUGGAGAGCCGCUCAGACCGGCCAGGGGGGGAGCUCUGACCCCCUUGUGCCCCUCUUGGCUUGACCGCUGGCCCUUGUCUUCCAGAGCCUUCGCAGCCCCUCGCCAUGGGGGACAUGAAGACCCCGGAUUUCGACGACCUCUUGGCGGCCUUCGACAUCCCCGACAUCGACACCAGCGAGGCCAUCCAUUCGGGCCACGAGGAGGCCGAGCCCCCCGUCCGCCCCGGCCCCGUGGAGGUGCCCGGCCCCGAGCACGCCCUGCCGCACGCCGACAUCACCACCGUCAGUGUCAUCGUGAAGAACACCGUCUGCCCCGAGCAGCUGGAGCCGGCGGACGGGCGGCUGAAGGACGGCUCCCGCUUGCUGCAGAACGGCUUUGCGGCCCCCGAGGCGCCCCGGGGCUCCCCGGCCGCCUCGGCAGAAGCCGUGGCCCCCGCCAACGGGGAGUGUUGGGCCCUGAAGGAGAAGGCCCCCAAGAGCCUGGACCUCUUCUCCCCCUUCAGCCCCGAGCCUCCCAAGGACGGGGAGGCAGACCUGAUCGACCAGCCGCGGGGAUGCCAGGCGAGGGAGCCGGGUCUGGCAGGGCCGGCCAUCCCCCCGGCGCCCCUCUUGUCCGCUGCCCCCUCCCUGGAGGGUCCUGGACCCCUCGAGGAGAGCCUGGGACCCUCGCCCCCUCCGGCCUUCCCCCCGGCCUUUGAACCCUGCCCUCCCGGCGGGAUGGGCCUCUUGCUGACCCCCCCUCCCCCGGCUGCUCCUCCCGUGAUCAAGCAGGAGGCGGACUGCAAGGGGCCCUGCCAGGGGUCCAGCCCGUUGGGGCAGCCCAAGUCCGCCUCCUCCUGCUACUCCGCAGAGACCUCCCCCUGCGUCCCCUGGCCGGGCUCUGAGGCCGACCUGCAGGGAGAGCUGGGCGGCCUGCCCGACAUCAAGCAACGCCUCUCCAGCCCUCGGGAGCAGCUCUUCCAGGGCUCCCCACCCAAGGGAGCCAGUCCUGGGCCCCGGGCCUCCCCAAGGCCCCCCGGCGGCGAUGGGUCCCUGAAAGAAGAGCCGGUGGAGAAACCCCUGCAGGGCCUGCCAGGCCCGCCCAGUGGGGGGGAGGAGGAGGAGGGGGAGGAGGAGGAAGAGGAGGGGGAGGAGCAGAGCCCCGGGUCCCCCUCGUCCGGCUCCUCGCGGCCCCUCAAGGUCCGCAUCAAGACCAUCAAGACGUCCUCGGGAAGCAUCACCCGGACGGUGACCAGAGUCUCGUCCGACGCCGACCCAGCCGCCGCCAAGCUGCCCUGCAGUCCGGGAGCCCCGGAGAGCCCGGCGGCCGUUGCCACCCAGAAGGAAGAGGCCGCUCCAGAGACCCCCGGCCCGAAGGCCCCGGCGAAGGCGGCUGAAGCCCCCCAGGUGGUCAGCGUCCAGCUGGGCGACGGCACCAAGCUGAAGGGGACGGUGCUGCCGGCCUCCCCCAUCCAGAGCGCCAGCAGCGCCAUGCUGAUGGCGGCCAGUGUGGCCCAGCAGAAGGCGGUGGUGCUGCCCAGCAAGGCCCUGGCCAAGAGCAUCCUCAGCCUGGUGCCCCAGGCCCUCCCCAAGGCGGCCCCCGAGGCCAGGGGCCCCGCCCUGCCCGCCCCCGCCAGCCAGAAGCUGAACGGCACCACGGUGGUGGUGAUGCAGCCGCAGAAGGCCCCUCCGCCCGCGGCCGGCACGGUCAUCUCCCGCAGCCAGUCCAGCCUGGUGGAGGCCUUCAACCGCAUCCUGAACAGCAAGAACCUGCUGCCCCCCUACAAGCCCAACCUGCUGCCCCCGGCCGAGUCCAGCCUGGCCCUGCCGCCGCUGGGCUACCGCUGCCUGGAGUGCGGCGACGCCUUUGCCCUGGAGCGGAGCCUGGCCCGGCACUACGACCGGCGCAGCCUGCGGGUGGAGGUGACCUGCAACCACUGCGCCCGGCGGCUGGUCUUCUUCAACAAGUGCAGCCUGCUGCUCCACGCCCGCGAGCACAAGGACAAGGGGCUGGUCAUGCAGUGCUCCCACCUGGUCAUGCGGCCCAUCGCCCUCGACCAGAUGGUGGGCCAGCCGGACGUGGCUCCGCUCCUCCCGCUGGCCGCCCUCAGCCAGGCCGGGAAGGCCCCCACCACCGCCACCCCGGCCGGACUCGCCCCGGACAUCGGCCUGGCCAACGGGGGCGCCGGCCAGGACCUGCCCGUCCUGCCCCUGGGCAGCGGCGGCAGCAACAGCGGCGGCAACAGUGGCGGCGGCAGCACCGACCAGCCGUCGGCGCCCAACUCCUGCCAGUGCCUGGAAUGCAAGGAGCAGUGCAAGGACAAGGCCGGCCUGGCCGCCCACUUCCAGCAGGCCGGGAGCACC